ACACUCCGUAUAUGUGUGGGUAAUCGUACAUCUCUUCGUUCGUCCGUUGGCGAGUCUGUGUGCGAGGGAGCGAGUUUAAAGUGGGAUCGCGGCGGCUGGUGACGCAAGCGAGAACGGAGUAUACACACGUGUAGACAGUGAGGCAAGCAUAAUAUAAGUAUGCGUGUAUAUGUAUACGUAUUCACGCGAGCGGCGAGGAAAGACGGAGUAGAGAGAACAGCUGCGAGAGAAGUGGGGAUAGAAAAGCGGCAGUUUAUUUGUGCGCCGUAGAGACGAGCCCCCAACCUUUAUCCCGUAAGGUUGCUUCGCGUUCGCUCGUACAUUUUCCGUCUCACUCUAUUGAGCGCGCGCCGGCUCUAUAUCCGUCGUCGAGCGCGUUAGAGCCGAAUAUUUGGAGGCACGGCACACCUACUAGCCGCCGGCUAGACAAAGACCAACCGGAGAAACGUUCUAGAAACUUUUCCGCAAAGAGGGGGGAGAGAGAGAGAGAGAGAGAGAGAUAAAUCUAUGGGUGGCAUGAUGCGCGAGCGAUGAUGCUUUCGGUAUUUUUGAGGAAUUUUCACGCUAUCGCUUGUUAGGCGAGGAGGUAAUUUACCGGCGUUUGCCCCUCGCAGAAGGAGAGCCCCUUGGAUAUUCCUGAAAAACCUGAAUGCAAGAAGAAAAGUCUCUGCAGCAGCGCGAAGGGAGGAGGGAAGCAAGGCUGAAAAGCAACGCUGAGUCAUAAUUGCUUGGAAAUAAAAUGGGCCUCUCGAAUGCAUUCUCGGCUUUAGUCCGAUGCACAGAUUCUCUUAUUCUAGGCUUUCACGCUGGCGUCGCUUCUCGUGCCGCUGAGUCUGUGCAGGAAUCGAAGCAGCAGCGCCGGUAGCGUCGGCUCCGAGUUCGUUCCUAAUCCGACGUCGGACGUGACGGGUCCAUUGGCGAUCGGCAGAGUGGCGCGCGGCACGGUAAACGACAUCGUCUCGCGCAAUAUCACGAUGGUCCUCGAGAAUCUUCUCAUGAACUACGAGAACAGCCAGCUGCCCACACACGGCAAAGGUACCCCGACGGUGGUGAAGACCAACAUCUACAUCCGCAGCAUGGGACCCAUCUCGGAGCUCGACAUGGACUACUCGAUGGACUGCUACUUUCGCCAGUACUGGCGAGACUCCCGUCUCAGCUUCCUGGGUCCAAUAAAGUCGCUCAGCCUGAGCAUCAAGAUGCUCGAGAGGAUCUGGCGGCCCGACACCUAUUUCUACAACGGCAAACACAGCUACGUGCACACCAUUACGGUGCCCAACAAAUUGCUGAGGAUAACUCAAGAGGGCGACAUACUCUACUCCAUGAGACUGACCAUCAAGGCGAAGUGCACGAUGGACCUGAGGAAUUUCCCGAUGGACCGACAAUCCUGCCCCCUCAUUCUCGGAAGCUACGCCUACACGUCCGGGCAGCUGGUGUACGAGUGGCAGGACAACUCGAGCGUGAACUUCGUGCCGGGUAUGGCGCUGUCGCAGUUCGAUCUCAUGGGAUAUCCCUAUCGGAAUCUCACCUUCGUGAGGCGCGAGGGCGAGUUCUCCGUGCUCCAGGUGUCCUUCAAUCUGCAGAGACACACCGGAUACUUCCUCAUCCAGGUCUACGUUCCCUGCGUUCUCAUCGUAGUGCUCAGCUGGGUGUCUUUCUGGAUCCAUCGCGAGGCCACCAGCGAUCGAGUCGGAUUAGGAAUAACGACUGUGCUGACUCUGUCGACGAUUAGUCUGGAUUCGCGCAAGGACCUGCCGAAAGUCAAAUACGCCACGGCCUUAGACUGGUUCCUGCUGAUGAGCUUCGGCUACUGUAUCGCCACCCUCCUCGAGUUCGCCGGUGUGCAUUAUUUUACCAAGGUCGGCAGCGGCGAGUUUCCCCUCCAGGAGGAGUUCAUGGAGGAUGACGAGGCCGCGACGACCGACGCCGAGUGGGAGGACAUCGGCCGAGAAGUGUUGCCCGGAACCGAUUCGGACAAGGACGACGGCGGAUUCUGCACUGCCACAGCCACGACUGCUUGCGUGCACUCGGAGGUGUCCGGAGCUGGACUGACCAGCGCCACAGCCACGACGACCACGACGACGAACAGGCGGAGAGGAUCUUCGCUCUUCUGCGCGCUCUAUAACAAUUCGAAUUACGUUCGCUCGCAGGAUCAAGUGUACAGUCUGUCUCCCGACCCACGGCGCUCCAUGACCAUCACAGUGAGCAGCAAACCCUCGACGAUGGAGAGGCAGACGCAGACGGAACUCUGGCUGCCCAAGUGGCGGCAGUUUAUCUACUGCUUAAUGGGCGACAUGGCUUUCAGAAAGCGACGUCAGCGCGAAGCGGCGGACGGCUGUCGCAAGCACGGAGAACGCAUCGAGAGGUACAUAAACAGCGUGUCGCACAUCGACAGGGCGGCCAGGAUUGUGUUUCCGGCCUCGUUCACCUUGCUCAUCGUCUGCUACUGGAUGGUCUACGUCACGUAUCAGGAGGAAUUCAAGUGGCAGGACCCGCCGAUGGGCUCGCAAUCGCACUGAUGUAAUCGUCGACGAUGAUUUUCCUCGGGGGAAUCAAAAGAAUCGAGCUCGUUUUUGGAUUUUUUUUUUUCAGUAUUUCUCAGUAUUACUUAAUGAUUCGUUUGAUAUAUUGUGAUAAUAAGCCAAAGAUGAAUCUCGUUGUAAAACGCAGAUUAUGUAUUAUUACGUUUGUUGGAUGUGUAAAGUAAACCAGCAUCGAUUAUCGAUUAAGUACGUUUAAGUUAGCUAUCUAACAAAUUUUGUAAAUACAUACAAUAGGAGAAAAUAUUUUUAACGUAAAAUAUUAAAUACGAGUGAUUGAGAAAUGCUUGCCGAAACCACUCUAUUUGAAUGUUUAUUUAUUUCGCUUGUCGCAAAGCCUGUUAACGCAGUUUCUCGAGUAAUUCGGCUCACUGCAACUUGACGAAUAAAAUAUGUACUUGAGUUUACAUAGAGACCAAAUUUUCAACUAGAGCAUAUAAGCCUCCCGCGAAAGUAUUUUAAUCCGUUUAAAUAAGUGAAUAUACGCAUACGUCAUUUUUAAAUGGAACUGAAAAAAUUGAGAUACCGCUCUAUUCUGUGUGCUUUAGGCUUUCAAAACCGAAAUUUGCAUGAAGCUUGUAAUGAAGAGAUAAUGGGAAAAAUGUAUGGAAUCCUUUAUAAAUAUUUAAAAACGUUCGCUUUAAGGAAGAUAACAUAAGCCAAACGCGAAUAAAGUUCUCUGUGAAUGUAACCGUGAUAACGAAGUAGUGAAAGAAUAUUAUUCGUAUAGAAAUUAUACUUCAUUAUACCUAAGUUUUGCAAUGUGAGACAUAAAAUAGAUCAUAAGUAUGAAGCAGUAUUUUGUCCAAAAUAAAAAAACUGCAAUUCUACCUAUAGGCAUAUAGUAAGUAUGCUAAUUUGAGGAGGGUACGCGCGAUCAAAGAAUAUUUUCUAUUAUGAGCGAAAGAAUACUCGCAUACAAAAUAAAUAAUAACGCUGCAAACGUCUAAUUAAACAAUAUAUAUAUAUCAACAUGAAUAUAUAAUGCAAUCGAAAAAUGGGUAUAAAAAAGUACUAUAAAUAGCAUAAAUAAAAGAAGCCAAACAUAUACAUGAAGAACAAAAGGAUAUGUCAUAUGAAGCUGCGUGAAUUAUUAUCGUUGAGAAUGCAAUUCUUGACCGCCAAUAACGAAAUGCGCUGCAAUAAACCUGUUAUAUAUGUAACAUACAUUGUUUGAAGAGCUGUUAUGAAUGUUUGAAAUAAAAUCAGCAUGAAAACGUU